UGUGCAUAUCUAGUUUUAAUAUUAAGCUUCACUUUAAUAGACUAGAUAGAAAUAAAUGCAGAAGUCGCUGCUGUAACUACGCUAAUUCCGGGCGAACUGUUUAAGCAUUUAGCGCACAGGUUCCAACUCAGCGAAGGAUAUAAUUUCAAACAUCGCAGCCAUUGUAAUAUAUAUUUUUAGACGGUUUGCAUAGGUUUUCUACAAAAGACCAGUCUGUUCACUCGGGCGUCGUUGGUUACAGGAAAAAGGCGUUGCCGCUGCGCCUCGGUUUUACGUUUUCGCGUACGUUGCGCACACUGGGGAAACGUAACCCUGUGGCCACACCUCGGGGCCAUCGUAAGAAAUGUUUGCGUCAACAGCGGCACGUCGUUGGAAGCGUGCGGAAAGACUCUCUCCUACGCGUAAGAGGGAAAGGGCAAGAAACCAGCGGGACAGGGCGAAGCAGCACGGCGUGAACCGCGCCGCUGCUCCGCUGUCUCACGAGAUCACACCAGUCCAGUCCCCUCCAAACCACGACCGUCCAAACCAAAGACAGCACUCCUAACGCACUUCAAAAGAAAACGCGCAAGUGUUCUCCGUGAAUGCGGGCAGGUUCCAAAAGCCCUCCGCCUGAAACCCGAUACGAUUCCGAAACUUCGGCUACCGUCGCCCCCCGAACAGGAGAGAGUCGCCAAGCGUCAAAGGACCACGGUGAGUCACGUCGCGAGCAUCAAACGAAUUUCACCAUACGGAGGAUAACGAGUGCAUUAACUCUACUGUUAACGAACAGUACGAUCUGCAUGUGCUAAAUUACUGUCGAGCCAUUGCGGAUCCGCAACCUCGGAAGGGAGCCGAAGGACGCGCCUUCGGUGCUGUACUCAAAUUUCUGUGGGUAUGCAAUCAAAGCUACGACCCCAAGCUACGGCUCGCGCACGUACGUUGAGUGUCGAUCAUUGCUACGCAACAAGAUGCUCUUUCCUUCCCCCAAAAUCCCGCAGAAAGUUGCUCUCGAGGUGCUACUAGCAUGAGCUCGAGACUUUUAAAGAUGAGGUGCUUGCGCAAAUAAAUUUUUUUGGGGAAUGUUAAGACAGCAGGGCUGUUGGUCUGCCUCGAGUGGACGACGGGUCCUGCUGUAGACGAGAAAUAAAAUUUAAUCUGUUGAAUACUACUGUUUUUCUUUUGUUUUUACUUUACCAAAUGUUGUGUCACACUACUAGAACAAUUGAACUUAAGGCAGCAAGGAAUAAACAAGCUGCUUUUUGGACUUCAAUGGAUAUGUGACAUGUCACUUCCCUCUAGGGACUUGUAGGGACUUACUGAUUGUUGCUUUUACUGAUGAUUUAAAUUUAUAGAUUUGACGUAACCUAGUCGAUAUGUCAACUUCCAGGUUGUAUAAUGUGGUCAAUUUUUCUUUACCAGGAUGAUGAUUCGGUAUCGGCGAAUGAAGCACCUAUGGAGAGUGCACCUCUUCAAGAGUGCUGCUGCUGCGUAGCCUGGAAAGCAGGAGCAGACACUACAUAUCGCUGCAUACAAGAGAGGCCAGCAACACACGACGUAGCUCUGCGAGUUGAUAUGCAAGGCAAGGCAGCUAUGAAGGAUGCAUCUGUGCAAGCUUCAGUGGCUACUCAACAAGCAGCUACACACAUCCAAGGUUCUUUGCUUGGUCGAACGGCAGUCGGCACGCAGGUCAAGGAGGCCUAUGCUGUGAUGGCCUGUGCGGUGCAAACGGAAAGCUGGGUGCCUUCCUUUCCCGUGCUUCCUACCCCCUCACUGCUUUCACCAGCUUCCCCCCUUGAAGACGACCUUGAUCGCGGCCAAGAAAAGGAUGAAGACUGGACCCCACUCAGGGAGCAGUCGGAAGACGACACGUGUUCAGGGGAUGAAACCGUAGAAUCCGGGUUGCCCCUGCAGGAUGAGAAGAAAUAUGUUGUCUUCGAAAGCUGCCUGCUGGAACUGUUUACCAUCUGCCGGACUUGCCUUAUGAAGUGCGAGCCCAGCCUAACCGUGAAAGGCACCCUGGUGAAGGUGGAGACCAUCUGCAAAGACUCGCACUACCAUACCUGGAGCAGUCAGCCAGUCAUCAAGGGCAAGGCUGCUGGGAGCUUGCUACUGUCUUCAGCAAUCUUCUUUUCUGGAGCUAGCCCAACAGCCACAUUACGUGUGCUGCAGCUAAUGAACGUCCAAGUCAUGACGCUGAGGAUGUACUUUAACUAUCAGUCGGCAUUUCUCAUCCCCACUGUAGAGAAGGUAUGGACAAAGCACCAGGAUGAGCUGUUGGAGCAGCUAAAAGACAGUCCUGUCGACUUGAGCGGAGAUGGAAGAUGCGACUCCCCAGGCUUUUCCGCAAAGUACCUGACUUACUCCGUUUAUGCUCCUCAAAUCAACAAGAUCUUGCACUGUGAACAAGUUCAGGUUGGUGAGUGUGAGGAAGUACGGGCCAGUGUCCAGAUGGAGAAGCAGGGACUUAUUCGCUGUCUGGAAUUCCUGAAGACCAAGGACAUCAAGGUGCGCUCUUUGACAACUGACCGACACCGCUCAAUAGCGAAGCACAUGAGGGAGGUGGAGCCUGAAGUUCUUCACUACUUUGAUGUGUGGCACGUAUCGAAAAGUAUAAAGAAGGCUAUCACAGCGGCAAGCAAGGCCCCCGGGUUCAGCGCACUUCAUGACUGGGUCCAGGCAGCUGCGAAUCAUAUGCAUUGGUGCGCCGCAGCAAGCAGGGGCAAUGGGGACCUGCUCGUGGAAGCGUGGGGAAGCAUAGCACGCCACGUCGCUGAUAUCCACAAUGGCCAUGGCGGUCUGUACACUACGUGCCUCCACGGACCCCUGGAUAACGUAGAGUGGCUUCCUCCAGGGAUGCCUGCUCACGACAAGUUUGCCGCCAUCGUGACCUCGAAACGCCUCUUGAAGGACUUGCGCCAGUUGUCGCCCGACACCCAGACAUUUUCUCUGGAGUCAUUUCACAACGUCUUGAAUGGGUUCGCUCCUAAGUCGACAGCAUUCUCAUCAGAGGGCAUGCUUGCCAGGACCCGCCUGGCAGCACUGCACUUUAAUGAGAAUGCGGAACGUCAACAAGCGAUGACGAAAGAUGGAGAACAUCAGUGGAAAGUGAAGUCACCGAAGGCAAGGAAGGGGCACCAUGUCGUGUGUCCAGCGAAGACAGAGAUAACAUAUGGCUAUGUCCAGGAGCUGAUGGCUGUGGCUGUUGAAAUGUGCGGCUCUUCAACCUUUCUGAAGAAGUUUCAGGCCGCAAGAACACCUCCAAAGCCAAAUAUGAGCGACCAAUCGGAACGGCCAUCAAAAAAAGAGUUAAUUGACUCCAGAGUCAGCCGCUUUGCCAAGGCGAAGCCGCAGAUUGUGCAGGUACAACAUGUGCAAUAUGCCAACCUAAGGAAACAACACAUGAAAACAAGGAAUGAAAAAUGACAACAAGGAACGUAGCAAGUGAUUCAGCGUGACGACGAAGGAAGGCGUGGCGAAUAUUAUCAGGAUCACACAAUGAUUUCGGCUUCAAAUUUUACGAACUCUUGACUAAUCUGGUUGAAUUAUCGAAAGAAGUCUGUCGCGGGCCAAGAUGUGAAAACAGAUUAAAAUCAGUGGCCAUUUUCUG